AUGAUCCACCCAUACUUAAGAUUGUCGAGAUGGAAUCUAUCUAUGGGAUCAAACUCAAAAGAUGUGAAAAAGGUGUUCGUUGAAGAUGUGGUACUGGUGAACCACGUCGGACGUAUACGGUUUAAUAAACUGUAG